AUGCGAACUCCAACGAAUCUCUUGCUACUCGGUAUCGCCAUUUCCGAUUUACUGACUUGCCUCCUACCCUUGCCAGUUUACCUUUUGUAUUUUACGGACGUCUUCGACAAGAACCUCACUGUGCUGAAAGCCUACGCCAGCUACACUCUCUCCGUGUCCUUGCCUACAGUGUUCCACACUGUUGCCAUCUGGCUCACCUUGCUGCUCGCUAUUCAGCGCUUCAUUUAUAUCACAAUGCCACUGUCUAUUCAGCGACGUCAGAUCUGCAAAUUCAGUGGUGUCUGGGCCGCCUUUGGUCUAACGAUCUUGCUCGCUGUUAUUCAUCAUUCCAGUGCUUUUUUAACUACCUUCGAAGAGGGAAUUACCAUUUGCUAUGAGCCUGCUGACUCCGAAAACGGCAGCCUAAGCAACAGCAGGGAGCCUUACGGCCGGCAAAAACAUAUGGUGGUGACCUAUCAAGAAGUGCUUCUUAAGUGUACCCCGUUUCCUGAAAGCACCUUUUUCAUACUGCUCUUUCUUCGCGUUCUAACAAUUCACCUCGGACCUAGCGUUUUUCUGUGCGUGCUCACGGCAUACAUGAGCUAUACACUUCACCAGAUUGGAAAGAAACGGAAACAAUUGCUGAUGAAGAACAAUGCUUUUAAGACCUCCAAAAUAAUGCUGGUUGUGCUAGGGAUAUUCCUGAGCGUGGAAGUACCCACGACAAUAUUUAUUGUCACCUACGCGGUAAUUAUUGUAUGCAGAGUGCCGCCACCUCCGGGCAUGGCAGAGCUACGAGAAAUCUGCAACUUGCUUAUCGUAUUCUCCUACCCCUCCAACUUUAUCGUUUACUGUGCAAUGUCACGACAAUUUCGGGCCACAAUUGCGGCCAUUAUCCCCGGAUGCCUUAAAGAAAGAAUAAAAAGAGUAAAAAAUUUGACAUCGCCCAGUACGCAGGAUGUUGUUGAAACAUUUCAGUUACCGAACACAGUGAACUGA